AUGUUCGUGCGCAACGACGCCAAGCAGUUCCGCUUCUGCAGGUCCAAGUGCCAUAAGAACUUCAAGAUGAAGAGAAACCCCAGGAAGCUGGCCUGGACCAAAGCGUUCCGCAAGGCCGCCGGCAAGGAGAUGACGGUCGACUCGACGCUGCAGUUCGCCCAGCGCCGCAACGUCCCCGUGCGCUACAACCGCGACCUGGUGCAGAAGACGCUCAAGGCCAUGGAGCGCAUCUCGGAGAUCCGCCAGAAGCGCGAGCGCGUCUUCUACAAGCGCCGCAUGGCCGGCAAGCGCGCCCGCGAGCUCGCCGACGCCCGCAAGCUCGUCCAUACCCACAGCCACCUGCUCCCGCGCAUGCGCGGCUCCGAGAAGCGCCGCCUCGCCCUCGAGCAGGGCCUCGACCAGGAGGAGAUCGCCCGCCUCGAGCAGCAGAACGUCCUGCCCUCCGAGACCAAGAAGGUCUUCGGCAAGGAGAAGAUCCGCCAGAAGGUCCGCGUCGACGGCGGCUUCGACUUUGCCGCCCCGCCCGCCCAGGAGGGCAUGGAGGUCGACUCCGACUGA